UCAGGCAAAAUACAUACCUACCUACCUAGCUAGCCGGACGGCACUGUGCGCGCGCGGAUUCUUCAUCACUGUUGAGAACAAACUCUUGUGCGCGCGCUGCACAUACAACUCGCCAACAGUCAAGAAAGGGUUUAUUAUUUUUUAUUUUAAAACAAUAUAUAUAGUAUAUAGUAGUUAUACUAUAAAAAAACAUACUUUGUUUUUCAUUUAUUGUUUAAUUUUUAUGAAAACAAUAAAAACUACGCUCAUCAGCUGUUGUGGAGUUUUGUUUUUUGUUUUUUUGGAGCAACUGACAAGUAGAUUUUUCAUUGAACAUUGUUGGAUUGAAAGUGUUGUUAUUUUGAUAUAACAUAUAUGUGUGUGUGGAUAUUUUUUAUAAUAAAGUGAGACAUUUGUCUGUGUUGUUUGCUGGUUCUCAGUUACCUCUUGGCAAUAGACAAGCAACAAGUUUACAUCUACUCUUCGUACCUAUACCGUAAUCGACGCGACUCAGUACCCACCACAAGACAAAACCCGGCACCACACAUACACAUACAUUUAUAAUAUAUAUAUAUAUACGAAGAAAUCAACGAGAAGUUGUUGCUGCUGCUCCGAAACGCAAUCUUCAGUGGCUUAAGCCGACUCAUCGAGGAGAGACUUAUCCUCAGCAACGUGACGUUUUUUUUUUUAUAUUUUUUUUUAUUUUUUGAUUAUUAUUAUCAUUAUUAUUCUGCUUUUUUGUUUUUCAAUUAAGCUUUUAUCUCAAAUUUUUGUGUGCUAAAAAUUCCUUUAAAAAUAUUUGGUUUUAUUUAUUUAUUUGUGGAGAAAGACUGAGAAAUAAAAUAUACAUGAUAAAAAAAGAUAUAAAUAUUAAAUAAAAAAAAAAAGGAGUAAUAAGCAAGGAUACGGAUCGCUGCGCCCCUUUGCCGGAGAUAUAUAUACAAGAAACUAAAGUCUUGAAAAAAAAAAUAAAUAUAUAAAAAAAGUGUGCACGUUUCGAGGCACUUGGCUAAAUGUCAAACGACUUUGUCUGCUUUAUGCAGUACGAAAAGGUGAAUUAAACAAUGUUUAAGUGAAGAAAAAGUUGAGAGAAAAAAUAAUAUAAAUUAUACUUGUUAUUAUAAUACUCACCCAUCUUGAUUAUCAUCAUUAUUUUAUUAUUAAAUAAAUAAUUGUUGAAAAAAAAAAAAAACGUUUUUAAUUUUCAUUGUGAUGGAUUAUUAUUGAUAUUAUUUCUGUGAUGAUAAAAGGUGUAGAAUAAUAUUUUUUUUUUGUUAAAAAAAAAUUUAUGGUGGACUGAUUGUACAUCAGUUGAAAAUAAAAAAAAAAUCUUUUUAACGGUGGCUCGCGUGUGUAAAGAAUACGUGGCAUUAAAAAAAAUAUCCUCAACAUCCUUCAACGAAAAUUUAAAAACAAAAAUCAUGUAUCUUUGUUGGUAGAAUCUUCACGUUUCUCUUCUUAUUUAACUCAUUUUUUUUUCCUCAUUCCCAUCAGCAGUUUUAAGUCAUACUUUUUUACAUUUUUUUUAUUCCCCUCUUUCCUUUAUCCUUUUUUUUUUUUCAUUAUUAUUUUAUUUUUUUUAAUUCGUUUGUCUCCUCUAUCGUCUUUCUUUCGGUUCCGCGUCGUGCCUUCCGGGUUCAACGGUGUGCAUCGUCCUGGACGAACCCGUGUGGAUGUGAUGAUCAGUGUCGACGCGAAGACACAUGGAUAAACCUUAGUUUUAUUUUUAUUUAUUUUUUUCAUUCAAUGUUUAUUAUUAUUAUUUAAAAAUAAAUUAUCACUCAAGUGAAUUGCACCUGAUGCUAACAAAAAAAAAAACCAAAAACUUAAUAUCGAGUUUGAAUUUUUUUUACAUUUUUUUUUUUUAAUUUUUCUUGUGAAAAAGUGUUUAUUAAUGAUAUUUAUUAUGUUUAUAAUAUAUUUUAUAACAACAAGGAGCUUCAUCAUUCAAGACUGAUUCAUCAAAAUUUGAAUCAACGCAUAGAGAAAUAUUUAUUUUAAAAAAAAUAAAUAAAUUUUUUUUACAUCAAUAAUAAUCAAAGGUGUAACGAGUAACCAGAGGAAAGACAACAGUAGUAGUAACACGAGUCAAGGAUGCCGUGGCCGAUCGGGCGAGGAGAUUCCGGACACGCUUGAGUCACACACUGGAAGCAACUUUGCAAAUAAAAAAAAAUUAAAAAAACAUAUAUAUAUUUAUUAACAGUGGUGGUUGUUUGCAAUAUAAAAGAAAAAAAAAUAUAAAAAUAUAAAGAAGGAAGCUGUAAUAAUAGUAUAAUAAUUAAAUAGUAAAUUUAUAUCAAUAAUACUGGCUGGUUUAGUGUUGUUUGGGAUGGCAGACCUGACGCAGGCAUUUGCCCCAGGCAAUGCAAGUGAUGAUCUUGGUAAAACUGAUUUUUUUGAUUUUGUUGUAUCACCACCACCUCAUUGUCCAUCAAGUGGUGGUAUAUCUGAUGAUGAAAAUUACUUACAUCGUACAAAUUGUCGUGAUAUAAAUUAUUUACAAGAUGAUCAUGAUAUGCAUGAUAUACAUACAACAUCAGCAUCAUCAUUUAUUAAAGAAACAAAUAAUAAUACAUUAACAGCAUUACCACCAGUAUCAACAAUAACUGGCUCAUUAAAUCAUCAUCAUCAUAAUAAUAAUCAUCAUCAUAAUAAUAAUAAUCAUCAUCAUGUAAGAAAUCAUUGUAUACAAAGUACUGAUGAUUUACAAAUGGAUCAAUCUGAUUGUGAUUAUUGGGGUACAGAUGAUAGUAAAGAACAAACAUGUAAUAUUUUACUUGAAGAUUUAAAUAAAUAUUGUUGGUCAACACAUACAACAAAUACACAAAAUCAAAAUGAUAUACAUUCAAAUAAUGAACAUCCAGUACAUCGUAUUACAACAACAACAACAACACAAACAACAAAUGAUCGUCAUCAUAAUACUGAUGGUGCAAUAUACACAUUAACUGUAUUAAAUAAUGAAGGUAAUUCAAUGGAUGGUCUUGAUUGUUGUAAAAGUCCAACAGCAGCAUCAUCUGAACCAUGGUCAUUAAGACCAAGUAUUGAUCUUGAUGCAAUAUUAAAUCUUGAAUCAACAACAAAUGAUCAAGAUACAAAUGAUAGAAUACCUGAAAGAUAUCAUCUUAUACCAACACCAACAUCACAAUACACUGAUGACAGUGGUUUUGUUGAGAGUAAAGAAUUAUGUAGACAAAAUAAUAAUAAUAAUAUAAAUAUAAAUAAUAAUAAUAUAAAUAAUAUAAAUAAUAAUAAUAUCAAUACCAAUAAUAAUAAUAAUAAUAAUACAAUUAAUAAUAACAACAACAACAACAACACGACAAGUAUCAAUAAUAAUAAUAUAAAUAGUAACAAUACAACAACAACAACGACGACGACAGCAACAACUAAAAAAUUAACAACUGGUGAUAAUAAUAAUGAUUGGAAAUUAACAGAUCAAAAUCAUUUACAUGAUACUGUUGUUGUUGCAACUGUUAGUAAUGAUUCAGCUGAAAGUUUAUUACGUAGUGCAUUACAAGGUAAACUUUAUUCUGGUACAACACAAAUUGUAUCACCAUCAUCAAGUCAAUCAUCAACAAUAUCAUUAUCAGUAUCUAGUAAUAAUAGUUUACAAAUAAUUGAACAUCAACAACAACAACAACAACAACAACAACAAGCACAAACAUCACAAGAUCCACAACAAAAUGAAACAAUGGAAACAUGUACAGAAGAUGAUUUUUUAUUAUCACAAUUUGAUAGUGAUAAUUAUCAACCAGAUGAUUAUGAAAAAAUAAAAAGAAUUGCUGAUGAUGUUGUUGAAACAUAUUGUAAUAAUAUGGAACAACCAGUAACAGCAACAACAACAACAUUAAUGUAUACAUUAGAUCCAACAAAUGGUAGUUUAGGAACAAUAACAUUACCAGCUGAACUUGGUCAUGUUGGUACUGUAACUGUUGUUGCAACACAACCAGAUUUAUUACAACCAUCAACAUCAGCAGGUUUAAGAAAUGAUAAUGAUAAUCAAACAACAAAUAAUCAAAUACAAAUAACAUCAGCAAGAACAAUAACAGCAAUACCAUCAACAUCAACAGCAACACCAUCAACAUCAUCAUCAUCAUCUGCUUCAUCAUCUGGUUCAUCAUCAUCAAUAAUAACAAAAAAAACAAAUCAUAAUUUAACAACAAAAACAGCAAAAAAAUAUUGUAGAAGAUCAGGUAAAAAUAGCAACAAUAAUAGUAAUAACAACAAUGAUCAUAGUCAACCAUCAACAUCUGGUACAAGUGGUAGUGGUCUUUCUCAUUCACAACCUGGUUGUAGUAGUGGUGCUUCUGGUUCUGGUAGUUCACCAAGUUCUGCACAAAGAAAAGAAAGAUCAUUACAUUAUUGUAGUAUAUGUAGUAAAGGUUUUAAAGAUAAAUACAGUGUUAAUGUUCAUAUUAGAACUCACACUGGUGAAAAACCAUUUGCAUGUUCAUUAUGUGGUAAAAGUUUUCGUCAAAAAGCACAUCUUGCUAAACAUCAUCAAACACAUAAUGCACAAAAACCAAAUACUACUAAUGGCAAUAGUAGUAAUGCUAGUAAUUCAAGUCCAACUGAAUCAACAACAAAUUCCAGAGGAAGCACUUCAACUGAUAUGACUGGCAAUCAUCAGUCAAAUUAGUUUAAUAUUUUUUUUUUUUUUUAAAUAUUAUUAUUAUAAAUUGAAAUUAUUGUAGUUAUUAGUUUUUAGAGUAUAUAUUUGGUUGCUAAUUAAUUAUUAUUGAUUUUUCAAUACUCGUGUGAUAAAAUAUUAGUUUCAAUGUUAAAUUUGCGAGCUCUCUAUUUUUUAAUAAAUAAUUACAGUUCAUUUACUGUACACUGCCGGUAUAUUUAAUUCCUCACGUGUUUUAUCAUCGUCUUCUUGAAUACCUGAUUGUUGCAAUACAAAAAAAAAACAAUAAUAAUAAUUAGAUAUAUAUCAUUUUUAAAAAAUAAAAAUUAGUAAAUUUUAUUUUUUUGCAUUAUCAUUUGAUGAUAAUUAAUUUUCAUAAUAGUUAAUUAUAACUUUUGCAAUUAUUAUUUUUUUUUAGGAAAUAAUGUUUAAUGAAAUUUUUAAAAAUUAAUUAUGUAAUUUUCUUGAUUGGAUGUGUGUGUGUAUGAAUUUGUCAAGGCCAGUUUAUUUAAAUUUAAAUAUUUUUUUUUUAAGUAAAUCGAAAAAUUUCUUAAUCUGUUUACAUGACUUAGAAAUGUCAUGACUAAUUUAAAAUAAUCAUGUCAGUAUGCCUAAUGUUUAAAUGACGUAAGUUAUUAAAAAAAAAAAAAUUUUAAUAGUAGAAAUUAUAAAUCCAUAAGCAUAUGAAAUUUAAAAAAAGGAAUUUUUAUUUUAAGCAUGUAUGAAAAUGAUAAUUAUUUAAAAUAUAUUAUUGAUGAAAAUAAAUAUAUAUAUAUUUUUUUUUUGGGUGAAGUUGAUUGAAGUAUUGGUCAAAAGACGUGAGGAAUUUAUAUUUUAUUUGGUUCGGGGACCUUCACACGAAAACUGCCUGUAGCGGUGAGAUCGACAUUAUUGCGCGUGUCUGACUUUUAUAAAUAUUUUUUAUUAUUUUUUUAUAACAAACAUGACAAACGCCACCGUGUGCUUGCCCCGCUGGGUUUUACUUUAAUACAAAUAAUAAUAAAUAAUUUACAUAUUUAUUUAAACAAAAAAAACUUUAAAAAAAAACAAAAAAAAAAAUGAUAUAAUAAUAUAAAAACAAGAAAAAAAAAAAUAAUAAUUUCCUAAGUUUUUUUUUAUUUUUUUUUGCAAUAUUUCCACUACAGUAAAACCGUUAAUUAUGUAUUAAUUUAAUUGUCGAGUAUUACCCACGCAGAAUUACAAACUGUCAUCUAUCGACAUGUUGUAAAACAUUUAUUUUUUUUUUUACAAACAAGUCUACCGUAUUAGAAUUUUUAAAUAUAUCAAUAAAAUUUUCUCGUUUAUAAAAUAUCACAGAAUAAAUUAAACUGUAUAAUAAUUUGUGAAUUUUUUUUCCAUUUGAUUUUGUCGAGAGAGAGAGAGAGAGAGAAAGAAAAAGAAAAAAAGAUUUUUAAUUAUUUUUCAUUAAUAAAUAAUAAAAAUAAUUAAAUGUAUUUUUUAUUUGUCAUGUAACAAUGUAAAACAAUUAAGUAGCAUGAACUGUGAUUUUAGAUACAUACUCAAGAGUUGUUAGAAUGCGUUUAUAAAUAUUUUUUUAUUAUAAAUAUAUAUACAGUAUUUCAAUUAAAUAUCAUUUCAACAUUGAGCAAUCUUCAAUCAUUAAAAAAAACUGUAUAAAAAAUAUAUUAACAUAUUUUAAUAUCAAAAAUUCAAUCACGAAAAAAUCAUUAUAAAAAAAAAAGUAUAAUUUGUUAACAAGCCGGAGGAGACAAUUCAAAGGUAAACUAUAUAUUACUGUUAUUUAAAUUUAGGUAAAGGUAAAAAUAAAUAUAAAUAAACAAAACUGUAAUCUAUAUAUAAACAAAAUAAAUAAAAAAAAUAAAUACUAUUAUGAGAAAAUAAUAAUAUAAAAACGUGGGAAUAUAAAAGUCGCGUGUUAGUUCAUCUCAAAGACAUGAUCAUUCACCCUGUAUGUAUUUUGUUAAUAAAAAAAAAAUGAAAAAUUUAAAAUAAACAAUAAUUAAUUUUACAACUUAAUGAUUACCUGAGUAAAAUUAAAAUAAACAUAUAAAUUUUCUUUAACAUUUUUCAAUAUAUAAAUUAAAAAUAAAUAAAUAACAAAAAAAAAAUUUUUUUCUUUAUAUGGCUCAUUCUAAUUCUCACAAGAUUAUUAUGAUAAAAAAUUUGUAGAAAAAGAAAAUUUAAAUGAAUGAAUGAUAGACUGAUAUAGCUAUUUAUUAACAUGAUAAUUUUUUUUUUUUUUUUUUCUUUUUUAAAUAUACACAGAGGGUUUAUAUUGAGUUGCUUUCAUGUUUAUAGUUUUAUGGCACGCAUGAACGAUCUCUUACGGGGUGCCCAGACCUUUUAAAAUCGUAGGUCAAAGUUUGCGAAAGUUUUAUUUAAAUAUUUCUGCAAAAACUGUUGGUUCUUGUCGGUGUUACGUGUUGUCGAUGGUAAUUGCACGUUACUUGUGAACACUCUUGCGUACAUGAGAACAACUCGAUGCAUUACGAUCUCAAAUAAAUAUGUUACACACACACACACAUUCAUCUUGAUUGCGUAUGUAUAUUUUUUUAAACUUUUUAAAUUAAAAUACAUAGAUAGUGUAUAAACCUACAUUUUCAACUCUUGUAUAUUUUUAUUUAUUUAUUUUUUUUAUUAUAUUGAAAAAAGAAAAUUUUAAAAAACUAAAAACACUGUAUAUUUCCGGUAUCAUAAAUUGUCAAUUAAAUAAAGUCAAAAAAAAAUAUAAUUUUAUAUAAAUAUAUGUAAAAUAAAGAGUAUAUAUUUAUCUCAUAAAAUCAGAUGAUCAAGAAACACUAAUUGUAUAUGUGUUUCAUUUUGAUUCGUUUAUCAGGUGAUAAAAGAAAAAAAAAAUGAUAUGAAAAUCAAGAAACUUGUAAAACGAGUGCAAUGUUUUUUUUAAAAAAAAAAAAUCAUGUUGAUGCUAAAAUAAGUACGGUAAAAAAUUAACAGCACAAAUUUUAUUGAUAAAAAUAAUAAAAAAUUUUAUUCGGAGUAUAUUUAUUUAGUGUUUUUCGUUUAGUAAAUUUCCAUAUUAUUUGAAAGAUAAUAUUAAGCAUACUUUCUCCAAUUUAAAAGAGAAUUUACCGUUUUUUUUUUUUUUUUUAUUUUUCAUAUCAAUAAUCAUUUAAAUAAUCAUACAAACGCCCUUGAAUUAUAUUCAAAUAAUCAUGUCAUACCUCCAGGUUAAAACAAUUUUUAUUUAGUUUUUUUUUUUUCUGGUGCAUAAUAUUCACCUUCGCAUAUUAUAACGCAACCCUGUAUCACGUUUUAACUUUGUGCAUACCCACGCGUUUAUUUAGUCUACUAUUUUAUAUUUUUUUUAAUAUGUAUAUUAUUUUCUACGAAUGUC